AAAGCUAACACAAACACCCUUCCUUCAUAGUCAGAACAACUCCAAAGUCCUUAAUCAACAUCUCAACGACGCCUUUCGAGCUCCCCAGUCUUCAGAAGAACAAGGCGCCGGUCCACCUCCAACUACUUCGCGACCCGAUCAUCACCACUUAUCGGUGCCCCAUCGUGCUCGUCGAUUGAACAAUCGAUCAGCUCCACCUGGUCCCGUCGAGCAAUUGAAACAGUCCGGAGACCGGCUACUCGAUAGCUUCGCUGGACAGACCAUCAUGGGCGGCGGAAAAGAACUCAAGAGCAAGAGCUCUUACCCAGCUCUCGCAUCUCGCCCUGUCGGACAAUGGAUCUCAAAGCUCUACAAGGACAGAAUUAACCAAUUCUACUCUACCGGACAAUGGGAGAAGCACAACCUCCUGGCCAUGAUGACGGAGGGCACCGCAUCGGGCGAACCUCAUGUUAAGCUGUCCGUAUGGGACGCACCCGAAACCACUCGGCCGACAUUCAAGGACGCUGUUUCGCAUGAAUUCAAAAAGACCGAGGUGGGUGCAUGGUUCGGCCCAUCGUGGUCGACACAUUGGUUCAAGGUUACCUUGACCGUUCCAAAAGAGCUUUGUGACAAGGACCUCCUUGAACUCCACUGGGAUGCCAAUAAUGAAGGCCUCAUCUGGACCGAGGAUGGCAAGCCGCUGCAGGGUCUUACUGGGGGCGGCGAGCGGGUAGAAUGGAUUCUGCCUAAGGAGUUCAGGGACGGCAAGGAACACACCAUCUACAUCGAGAUGGCCUGCAAUGGCAUGUUCGGAAACGCUCCCGGUGGAGAUUCGAUCCAGCCUCCAGACCCAAACAAGUACUUCCAACUUGGGCGAGCUGACAUAGUUGCUGUCAACCCCGAAGCACGAGCACUUUACUUCGAUAUCUGGAUCAUUGGCGACGCUGCGCGGGAGUUUCCUCAGGACUCGUGGGAGCAGCAUAGAGCUCUCAAGGUUGCCACCGACGUCAUUGACGCCUUUGAGCUCGGCAACAAGGAAUCCAUCGUAAAGUGUCGUAAGAUCGCCCAGGAGUACCUUGGCUCGAAUGUCGACUCGCACAAGGUCUACAGCGAUGACAAAGAGCCUCAAGUCUACGGCAUUGGCCAUUGUCAUAUCGACAGCUGUUGGCUCUGGCCGUGGGCUGAGACCAAGCGUAAAGUAGUCAGGUCUUGGUCUAACCAGUGCGAUUUGAUGGACCGAUACCCGGAGCUGAACUUUGCUUGCUCGCAAGCCCAGCAAUACAAGUGGCUGAAGGAGAUUUACCCCUACGCCUUUGAUCGUGUCAAGACGAAGGUCAAGGAGGGCCGAUUCCACCCUAUUGGAGGCAGCUGGGUCGAGCACGACACCAACAUGCCCAGUGGAGAGUCCCUUGUGCGACAAUUCCUGUACGGACAGAGAUUCUUCGAGAGCAACUUCGGCGAGCGUUGCCAGACCUUCUGGCUUCCCGACACCUUUGGAUACGCUGCCCAGCUUCCGCAGCUGUGCCGCCUUGCUGGCAUGAAUCGCUUCCUCACCCAGAAGCUUAGCUGGAACAACAUCAAUAACUUCCCACACACCACCUUCAACUGGGUUGCUCUUGAUGGUAGCCAGGUAAUCUGCCACAUGCCGCCUUCAGAGACCUACACUGCCGAAGCACACUUUGGCGACGUGAAGCGUAGUGUCAGCCAGCACAAGUCAAUGGACCAGGAUCACACUUCCUUGCUUGUGUUCGGAAAGGGCGAUGGUGGUGGCGGCCCUACUUGGCAACAUCUCGAAAAGCUCCGCAGAUGUCGCGGUAUAUCCGAUCAGAUUGGCAUGUUGCCUAGAGUGCAAAUGGGCAACAGCGUCGAUGACUUCUUCGACAAGCUCCAGCCGAAAGCCACAGAAUUUGUCACCUGGUACGGUGAGCUCUAUUUUGAGCUUCACCGCGGUACCUACACUACGCAGGCGAACAACAAGCUCAACAACCGCAAGUCGGAGGUUCUGCUCAGAGAAGUUGAACUGCUUGCCACUAUUGCGACGCUGAGUGAUACCAGCAAGAGCUACAAGUAUCCCAAGAAGGAGAUCGACGAUAUGUGGGAGGCCGUCUUGCUCUGCCAAUUCCACGAUUGUCUUCCAGGUAGCUCCAUCGAGAUGUGUUAUGAUGAUUCAGACGAGCUCUACGACAUGGUCUUCAAGACGGGCAAGAAGAUUCUUGAGGACAUCCACGGCGUCUUUGGAGCGGCCACUGCCACAACCGGUCGUCUGAGUGAGACCGUAGCCCUGAACACUCUCCCUUGGCACAGAAAGGAGGUCGUCGAAAUUUCCGAGAACGAGGCAGGCGUUGCCUGUGGCGACGGCCAAUUGUUGGCCAUUCGUCCCUUCAAGGUCUCUGAAGAAGAACCGGCUGUGACGAUUGAAGAAGUCAGCAGCGGUGUAUUCGUCUUGCAGAACGAUCAGCUCAAGGUCAAGGUCGAGAAUGGCACUAUUACAUCCCUCUACGACCGCAAUGCCGAUCGCGAGGUGAUUGCGAAGGGCGGCAAGGCCAAUCAAUAUGUCAUCUUUGAUGACAAGCCUCUCUACUGGCAAGCCUGGGAUGUUGAGGUGUACCACCUGGACACACGAAAGGAGCUCCCGUCCGGCACAACUUCAAUCACUGAGCAAAAGGCCCAUCGCGUCAGCUUGACUACUCAGAUUAAGAUCAGCGAAGAGAGUUCGAUUAAAUCCACCAUUAUUCUCUCGGCCGCUCUCAAGGGGCAACAAUCAUGGGUUGAGUGCAGUGCUGAAGUUGACUGGCACGAGACCAUGAAGUUCCUCAAGGUCGAAUUCCCUGUGGACGUCAGAAACACUGAGGCCUCGUAUGAAACAGCGUAUGGUCUUGUGAAGCGACCCACUCACUACAACACCAGCUGGGAUAUGGCCAAGUUCGAGGUCUGCUGCCAUCGUUUCGCUGAUCUCUCAGAGCACAACUACGGAGUUUCCAUCCUAAACGAUAGCAAGUAUGGUUUCGCCACUGUUGGCAACCUGCAGCGUCUCUCUCUUCUUCGGUCACCUAAGGCUCCUGAUGCUCACGCUGAUAUGGGAACUCACCAAAUUCGCUGGGCAAUCUUCCCCCAUGAAGGAACACUGAGCUCUGCUACUGUGCGAGCAGCCUAUGCCUUCAACAGCCCUUUGAAGCUACUCUCUGCGCCCAGUGCCGUGCAGGCAUCCCUCAGCAAGAGCCCCGUGAAGCUCACUGGCGAUGGCUCUUUGAUCCUCGACACCGUCAAGCGUGGCGAGGACGACGAGGACGUAACGCGUGGGGAGCUUCCCAAACGCAAGGGACGCAACGUUAUCCUGCGUGUGUACGACAGUCUCGGCGGCCAGAGCAAGGGCGUCAUUGAGACGACUUGGGGCGUCAAGCGCGUUUUCAAGUGUAACCUCUUGGAGGACGACAUUGAGGAGAUCAAGAUUGAGAGUGGAAAGUUCUCGAUUACUCUGCGACCCUUUGAGAUCGCAACCUACCGCCUCGAGUUGUAGGAUGAAGCCUUGAGCGAUUGCGGUCUCGACCACGAGUGUCUGUCGGAUGAGGACGAGUAUGACGAUGUGAACGAACAGCCCGCCUCCACCUUGAGCGAGAUCGUUACCUUGAGUGAGAUCUUGGACCAUGAGUAUGUACACUUGUGUCAGGGGGCGCUGUGAUGGAUAACGAAGACUUUAAAUAGGCGUCUGGGACCUGAAUACCUGUACUUCAGCAAAACUCUUGAAAAAG